UUAGUAGCAGUGGGGAGUGAUGCUGUUUCUCCUUUCCUCUGCAGCUCACGGGAGGUGAAGGAGCUCUGGCUGGACUCUCUUCUUGGGCAAACAAAAGGACCAAAGGAAAGCAGAGUGUCCAGAGCUCCCCCGAUCAAACUCCUAAUGAAAGUGUUAAGCAGCUGUAAUACUUCAAAGACACUAAAUACUGGGAACAUGGAGAAUCUGAUUGAGUGCCAGUCAGAGGCUGAUACCAAGAAAUGCCCCCCGCUGGUCCCAGCAGAUACUGAAGAUGGACUUUGCCACUCAGCUGCAGAUGGAACAAAGAAAAGAAGGAAGGUGAUACCACAGUCAUUUACUCUGAGACGAAGCUCUGCCAAUGGGAAUUCCCUAGGGCAGUUAGACCCAGAUGCCAAAAUCGCUCUGUUUGGCCAGCCUCUGGCAAUUAUCUGUGGGGAAGACGACACACUGCCCCAGCCCAUCCAGGAUCUCUUUGCUAUAUUGUAUAGGAAAGGACCUUCCACUGAAGGGAUAUUCAGAAAAGCUGCCAAUGAGAAAGCACGAAAGGAGUUAAAGGAGGACCUAAACAAAGGCGUGAAUGUUGAUUUGAAAGGCAAAUCUGUGCACCUGCUGGCAGUGGUCUUGAAGGACUUCCUCCGAAAUAUUCCCUGCAAACUGCUGUCAGCCGAACUCUACGAGAAGUGGAUGCAAGCUCUGGAGAAGCCAAGCAAGCAGGAAAAAAUUGAAGAAUUGAAAGAGGUGGCCGAAAAACUUGCUAGGCCAAACCUGGCCUUGCUCAAGCACUUGCUCUCUCUGCUCCACCACAUCAGCCAAAAUGCUGAGACCAACAGGAUGGACUCCAGCAAUCUGGCCAUCUGCGUGGGCCCAAAUAUGCUGAGCCCAGAGACAGACAACACAAUCCCUCUGGAAGUGCAGAAGGAGAUGAAUGACAAGGUGACAGUGUUGGUGGAGUUCCUCAUAAACAACUGCUCAGAAAUAUUUGGGAAGGACAUUGCCUUGCCUGUGUGUUCCUCAGUUGAGUCGCUGGAGCACACAGACAGCUCCACAGAAUACCUGUGUGCUGCUCAUCAGAAUGACUCUGCCUAUGACAGCCCAGAUCCAGAAGCUGAAUGCAGCCCUAGUACCUCUCAGGUGGAGCAUCCCAAAGGGAGGAGCACUAGUGUGAGCAGAAGAUGCCCAACACACACCUCUGGCUUUUCACUGACUAAUUUCAGAGAUGACAUCAGCAUGAUGGACAGGAGGUACUCAGAGCCAGACCUGUCCUUCCAGAACCGCCUUGAAGGCAAGAUAAGGAAUCAGAAGCUAAACAAAAGUGAGGACAAUUUUCCAGUUCAGCAGAAACAGCUAGGUUUGGAGGCACUGGAGAAACGGCUUGCAGUCUUACCUUCACAAUUAUCAACUGACUCUCUACCUAAAACAUCCUCCAGUUGCUCCCUGGAGAGCUCUGAUGGCUCAGUCUUCACCAGCUCCCCAGUAGUUUCACCCUCUAGUCCCAAAAAAAACUUUUUAAAUAGGCCCCAGUCCUUUUCCACAAAGGCCACUGAAGACUGCAGUGUGCCUAGCAGAGAGAUCAAAAAGCAUUCCAUGUCAUUCUCUUUUGCAAACCGCAGGAAAACACUAAUCAAAACCCAGAGUUGGGGGCCUGGAAAAAACAUGUUUUUUCAGAGAGACAGUUUCACAAAGAAAGAACAGUUCUCCUGCAGGGUUGUCCAGGAGAACAUCCCUGAUGAUAACAAACCAUUGCCUGUGGAGCAUCAGCCAAGGCCCCGUUUCAAGUCAGUUGAUGAAGUGUUCAGAGAGGUAGACCAGAGGAAUCCUGGAAGACCACCCUCUUAUGAAGAAGCUAUUAAAAACUGCGUGGCCACUAAGGUUGCCUCUCAGAGUCUUACAGUUCAAACUAUGAGAUUAAAAAUGUCAAGCCAGGACACUUUGCUGCCUCAUCCAAGCAGCAGCUGUGCACAAGACACAGCAUGUAUGGCUUUAAAGGAUCUACCUAGUGGCAGAGUUUCUGCAGUGAAGAAUUCUGAUGUGGAAACUGAAACCCUCAGCGUCACUGUCGGAAUAAACUCCCGUGUGAGUUUGCCUGUGACCCCAGGAGUCUACCGUUUGAGAGCCAUGUCUGAAUCCUAUCAAAAGAACAAACUGGAGUAUGUGGCUCGGAGGUGCAGCCAGCCAGUUUUUGAGGUAGAACAGAUCCAGUAUGCCAAGGAAUCCUAUGUUUAAAAAGCCUAUCCCUCCUCUUUGUACUGUACACAGUAAAUACUGUAAAAAUAGAUAUCUUGCUCAUUCUUUGCAAGGUUUACUUUCAAGAGACCAAGAAUAAGCUAGCUCUGCAUGAACUUUUUUUCCUUGAGGCUCUCUUGAAGUGUCUGUCAGCUUGACAUUUCACAUUCUUUCACCACAAGAGGUGGUGGUGGGGAAGACCUGUGUAUGAUGUAAAAAUGUAAGUGAAUAUGUUGUACAUAACCUGUUGUGUGGAAAAACUAGUUAUUUGUUGAUAGAGUGUUGUAUUUGUAUCCCUGAAAGGACAACUAAAAGGCUGGCAGGUCCAAAACCUGCCCCACAAUCCUUUUCUUUUUUGUAUGGUCACAGACUCCAUGCCAUUUGUCAUGUGUCUGUCAGGCUAAUGCAAUCCUCGCUGAUUAUCUGCAUCAAGAAGUGGGCUUCUGCAUUAAGAAUUGGGAUUCUGCAUUAAGAACUGGGGAAGAGCUGUUCUACCAUUAAGGCCAUUUCAGCACUUUUCCAUAAAUCCCCUGUACUUGCUGCAGUUCCCUCUUCCUGCUUGCUGGUGAUGAGAAUGGUCUGGUCACUAAACAGCAUUAGUGUUGUAUACCAAGCCUGGGUUUAGAGGGUCAUUAUGAAUAUUUAUCAAGUAAACCUUGUGUGGCCUGAGAUGCAUUUUGUCUAUGUAAACUGGAGAGGCUAAGCAGGAAGAAAGAAGGAGUACCUUCAGGGUUGGUUUUAUAAGGGGAAAAAUCCCCGAACAACAAAAACUCCUGUAAAGAAACAUUCUGGAUUCCAGCUUUAAAUAGUUAA